AUGCUGAGAAUUCCCUGGACAGCUAAAAAAACAAACGUUCUAUACUUAGACGGUUACACAGUUCUUUCGACAGUUUGUUACCAACGCAUCCUAAAAACUUCGGAAGAUCAGAAUAGCUUCAUGGUUGCAAUAAUAAUUAAAUCAUUGGUAGGUGUGACAGCUGAUACGAUCUUUGAUUGGAAGAAUUUCCGUAUCACGAACGUGAGAAUGUUCAAUGUAUAG